GUUUCCUGCACUCUCGAGUCCAGCAUACCGUCCUCUAUCCCAACAUGUCGUCUGACCUUCCGCGAGACACGGAACUUGGCACCAACGGUGAUGCAAAUGGCACCUUGCACGACACACCGACUGUCGCGCCCGCGACUGCGCCCGUGUCCAACCAUGUGGAGAAAGUCAUGUACUCGGACAUUGGUAUAAACACCUUGUUGAACCGUCUCAAGCAAAGCAUUGCUUCUUCUCGCGACUUUUCCGAUUUCUUGAAGAAGCGAGGGGCCGUGGAGGAAGACCAUGCCAAAGGUCUCAGACGCCUAGUCAAGUCGACGAGCGACAGCAUCCACUCCAAGGAGUCGCGCCAGGGCUCAUAUGUCAACCGCCUGGAUGAGGCUAUGCGCCUCCACGACAAAAUCGCCGACAAUGGCAUGCAAUUCUCUCUGGCUCUGCACCAGAUGCACGAGGAUCUGAACGAGCUUUCCAACAACAUGGAGAAGGGUAGGAAGCACUGGAAGCAUGAAGGCCUGAAUGCUGAGAAGCGUGCUACCGAUGCCGAAGCUGCCAUGGAGAAGGCAAAGACAAGAUACGACGCUCUUGCAGAGGAUUAUGACCGUGCUCGUACCGGCGACGCAAAAGGUUCCAGGAGACUUGGACUAAAGGGUAUGAAGAGUGCUCCUCAGGUAGAGGAAGAUCUUCUGCGCAAGCUACAGGUCGCAGACUCGGACUAUCAGGCAAAGGUCCAAGCAGCGAAAGCCCAAAGAGAGGAGCUCAUCAAGGCUUCGCGUCCCUUGGCCGUCAAGGCUCUGCAGGAGCUGAUCAACGAGUGCGAUUCUGGUCUGGCCCUCCAACUACAGAAGUUCGCCUCGUUCAAUGAGAAGCUUCUGUUGGGCAACGGCAUCGCUGUCAGCCCGCUCCCUCCUACCGAUGCUUCAGCGCCCGUCCAACAUAGUCUGCGCGACAUUGUCUUGAAGAUCGACAACAAAUCAGACUUUGACAACUAUCUGGCCGGCCAUGUCUCGAAGAUUCCUUCCAAGACGUCGGACAUCAAGUACGAACAGCACCCGACUUUGAGACCGAAGCAGCAGACACCAACUCCAGCGAGUCGACAGCCUUCUGCCACUCUUCCUGGCCCAGCGCUACCUGAAACACCACUAUCGACUGUGACGACUCAACAGUCUACCUACCCCACUACAGCAGCCACACCACCUGCAACAACAUCUCCAACACAGCCUUUCUACGCCAACCCUGGCAACCCACCUUACCCCACCGAGCCACCUCAGCAAUACAACUCUGCGCCAUAUCCUACCAGCUCAGGGGCGCCACGUGCUUUCUCUGCUUCUACCCAGAGCACGAGCGCACCCUAUCAACCUACUACACCUGCUAGUAUGGGAGCUCAGCAAAGCUUCCCCUCGCAACAACCUUCUCUGUCUCCUGGUCCUGUCGCAUCUGCUCUACCCCCGCCACUCAAGCCCGUGUUUGGUGUCAGCCUCGAUGACCUUUAUGCAAGAGAUCAGACUGCUGUCCCUAUGAUAGUCUACCAAUGCAUGCAGGCCGUCGAUCUCUUCGGACUCGAUGUCGAGGGUAUUUACCGUCUCAGUGGAACAGCCAGCCAUGUCCAACAGAUCAAGGCUCUCUUCGACCACGACUCUACCACCGUCGACUUCCGCAACCCAGCAGCCUUCUACCACGACGUAAACAGCGUAGCCGGCCUCCUCAAACAAUUCUUCCGCGAACUCCCCGACCCCCUCUUGACCCGCCGCUCCUACAACGGCUUCAUAAACGCCGCCCGCAUCGACGACGACACUCAACGUCGCGACGCUGUCCACUCUGUCAUCAAUGAACUUCCCGACCCCAAUUACGCCACCCUUCGAGCUUUGGUCUUGCAUCUCAACCGUGUUCAGGAGCAUUACGCAAAGAACCGCAUGUCGACUUCCAAUCUCGCCAUUUGCUUUGCGCCUUCUUUGAUGGGUUCGCAUACUGGACCGCAGAUUGCAGAUGCGAGUUUGCAGGCUAGAGUUGUUGAUACGAUUUUGACGAAUACGUUCCAGAUCUUUGACGAGGAUUGAGGGAGGAUGAGAGUGAGGUCAGGAGAGGAUGCAGUUUAUGUUGAUGAUGAGACGGUUGUGCUUUGUUCUUUGUGCAUGGCGUUGGUUUGAGGCGUCUUCUUGCCAAGCGACAUGAGUGUUUCUUUGCCCGAAAGCCUCGUCGAGAUACCUUUUUGUUGUGUUCUUCUUUGC